AUGGCUCUUCCCGCUACCCAACAGGAAACGACCCCACAAGGGUCACCACACUAUGGAGACAACAACUUCCCUCCUCUAUCACCUAACAUACAUCCAUCAACCCAACCAAACGCCCCCACACAUGCUUUACCUACUACCACUCCCAUCACCUUUGCCUCCUUGGUCGACCCUGAAAAACAACGCUCCCUCACGCGCAUAGAACGCGUACUUGGUUCAGAUGACCCAUAUGCCAUUCCUACGGAAUGUCGGUUCGGUACUUCCCCCCACUCUGUUUUUUACGACCUGCCCCAAUCUGAUGACUCGUUCAUGGCCGCCUUCUGGACAGCAAUUCACGCCGCUUUCUCUGAGGAGGAAGCUUUUGCUGAAGUUACCUCUGUGCGCAACAACACACACAUCGUCGAACUUUACCUUGAAUCUGACACCCUUUGCAAUCGUGCAUGUGCCGAACCCAUUGUCGUCCAAGACUCCGUUAUUCUCGCCCACCGUGCCAUUUCGUCUUCUGUUAUGAUGAUGAAACUCAACAUCACCGGUCUUCCUCGCCUCUCCCGCCCCUGCCUUAACGAACUUAUCCGUUCUUCCCUCUACUCUUUCGGCAUCAUCAAGGAGGUCGUUAUUUACCUGGAGAACAGGUUCUUUACUGGAUCUGGCUACGUGUACCUGGAACGCCCACCUAACCAGGAUCGUGUUUACUCUCCCCUGGUUCACAAGAUUCCCUGCGAAGGUUAUGGUCAUGUUUUCGGCACUUGGGCCAAGAUGGGUCCCCAUUGCAGAUACUGUAAGGCCAUGGGCCACGUUCUGGCUGACUGCCCCACCCGCCCAAUCGAAUCUCGCACUUGUCACGCCUGUCAAGCCGUCGGCCACCUUCAGGCAACCUGUCCCCGUAUCAACAACCCUCAUCCCAACAACAACACCAGUAACAAACGCAUCCGUAAACAGCCCCGUCGUGAAUCCCAGUCCACCCCCGCCCGUACACAAACUCUUCCCCCUGUCCUUCCCGCACUACCCAAGCGAAAGAAAAAGUCCGCUCCUCGUACACCGCCUGCUAAUCAGUUUGACAUCUUGGGCAAGUCUGCGGCCGAGAUUGAGGCCGAACUUGCACAGCUAUCCACUCAUGACCCUUACCGACGAGUCCUCCGCGCAGCAUUGAAAAACAUUACCGACGAAUCAAACCGUGACAUUCCAUACCAAGAAUAUGAUCCUAACAAGGACGACUUGGCUAUGGAUACUCAAGACAGCGAAAACGGUGCUGAAUCCGAAUCCUCUAGCGACAGUGAUAAUGCUGACAACGACCAACAUGGCUCACUUAUGACAGGUAUUGUCGUUCACCAAAAUAUUAACCCCCCUCAAUGA